AUGGAAGCAGGAAACCACACAGGAGUGUCACUGUUCCUCCUCCUGGGCCUCUCAGAAGAUCCAGAACUGCAGCCAUUCCUCUUUGGGCUUUUCUUGUCCAUGUACCUGGUUACUGUGCUUGGGAACCUGCUCAUCAUCCUGACUGUCAGCUCCGACUCCCACCUCCACACCCCCAUGUACUUCUUCAUCGCCAACCUGUCUUUUGUUGACAUCUGCUUCGUCUCUACCACUGUCCCAAAGAUGCUAGUGAACAUCCAGUCUCAGAGCAGAGACAUCUCCUACGUAGGAUGCCUCACUCAGGUGUAUUUUUUUAUGGCUUUUGUUGGAGUGGAUGAUUUCCUCCUGACUGUGAUGGCCUAUGACCGGUUUGUGGCCAUCUGCCACCCCCUGCACUACAUGGUCAUCAUGAACGCCCGCCUCUGUGACCUCCUGGUUCUGAUGUGUUGGUUUGUUGUUUUAUCCAUCUCCCUGUUCCAUAUUCUACUGAUGGUGAGGCUGACCUUCUGUGUAGGCACGGAAAUCCCACAUUUCUUCUGUGAACUGGCUCAGCUUCUCAAGGCAGCCUGCUCAGACACUCUCAUCAAUGACAUCUGUUUGUAUGUGGCCACUGCCCUGCUGGGUGUGUUUCCUCUCACUGGGAUCCUCUUUUCUUACUCUCAGAUUGUCUCCACCUUAAUGAAAAUGGCAUCCACUGAGGGCAAGUACAAAGCCUUUUCCACCUGUGGGUCUCACCUCUCUGUGGUCUCCUUGUUCUAUGGGACGAGUCUAGGGGUCUACCUCACUUCUGCUGUGACCCAUUCUCCCCGUAGAAGCUCCAUUGCCUCAGUGAUGUACACCGUGGUCACCCCCAUGCUGAACCCCUUCAUCUACAGCCUGAGGAACAAGGAUGUGAAGGGGGCCUUGGGAAGGCUCCUCAGGCGAUCAGCCUUUUGUCCAUGA